CCCCCUCCUUCGGCAGCAACAGCGUCAGUAGCAGCAACAGCAACAGCAGAAGCAGCAGCAAAGAGAAGUGGGAGAAAGGGAGAUGGCGGAAUAGAACUGACACAAGCCUCCUCUCCUGGAUGAGGAAAAUCACAGCCUUGACAAAGCUUAGAAACCGACCGUGGGUGGUGGUCGCAGCAGAAACACUGUCCCGGUCCCAGCUCAGUACCCUCAAGAGGACCGGGAUGCGACGGGGGGUUGUGCACCACCAAUGGCCUUCAUGUCCCGGUUCUCCCGGAACACAUCAUCCCGGGCUCCCGUCCGGAAGACUCACGAUGACACCGUCAGCCACCCCAUCCUCAGCGUCUUUGAGCUGGAGAGGCUGCUGUACACAGGGAAGACAGCCUGUAACCACGCUGAUGAAGUCUGGCCAGGGCUCUUCCUGGGAGAUCAAGAUAUGGCAGCCAACCGUCGGGAACUGGCGCGCCUAAACAUCACCCACAUCCUCAAUGCUUCACACAGCAAGUGGCGGGGAGGAGCCGAUUACUACGAAGGCACUGGCAUCUGUUACCUGGGCAUUGAGGCACAUGACUCGCCCACCUUCGACAUGAGCCCCUACUUUGAGCCGGCAGCUGACUUCAUCCAUAAGGCGCUGAGCAGGAGUGGGGGGAGGAUCCUUGCUCACUGUGCCGUGGGGGUGAGCCGAUCAGCCACCCUGGUCCUCGCCUACCUCAUGAUUUACCACCACUUGACUUUGGUGGAGGCCAUAAAGACCGUCAAGGAUCACCGGGGCAUCAUCCCCAACCGGGGUUUCCUGCGCCAGUUGGCCGCCCUGGACAACUCCCUCAGGCUGAAGCAGAAACCAUGAGCGGAUGAGUCCUAGGGAAACAACACUGGAGCCAAUUCCUAUUGGCAGGCCUGAGGCAUUUCUGGGCCAUCUUCCAGUCUCUCCUGAACAUCCACAGUUCCUGCCCUGAAGAAGCCCAGCUAUAAAGCUCCGAUGACCUACAAGGCCAGUCAUGUUCUCAGAGUUCGCUUCAGGUGUCGGCUGGAGAAAAGCAAGGUCCUGUUUUCUGAGAGGAAGGAAGUUUUGUUUACCUCCCCCUCUCUCCUUGCUGGCUUUCAAAAGCCAUAAAACUGGGUUCUCCUAAGUGACAUGUCCCAACCUCUGACCAAGGGAGCUUUGAGCUACCUUGACGCCCUUGGAGUCAUGUGUGAUGUGGCCUGUUGUGUCCUAUUUGCUUGUAUAGCCUUUGUUGAAGAGCUUGGGUAGCCCCAUUAUAUUUGAUCAGUGAGAAUAAAAUCCUGCAGAAACUA